AUGCAGGCAGAACUGCAAAAAGUGAUCAUCGGUCAGGAUGAGGUCAUCGAGCAGAUCUUUGCUGCCAUUUUCACGCGCGGACACUGCUUACUGGUGGGUGUGCCGGGUUUGGCGAAAACGCUCAUCGUUAGCACCCUAGCGAAGAUUCUGGAUGUGCAGUUUAAGCGGAUUCAAUUCACGCCCGACCUGAUGCCGUCGGACAUCACCGGCACCAACGUGCUGGAAGAAGACGAAAACCGCCGCCGCGAGUUUCGUUUUGUCGAAGGCCCGGUGUUCACCAACAUUCUGCUGGCCGACGAAAUCAACCGUACACCGCCGAAAACGCAGGCCGCAUUGCUGCAGGCCAUGCAAGAACGGCAGGUCUCCGUGGGCCAGAACACCUACAAUCUGCCCGAUCCGUUCUUCACCAUCGCUACGCAGAACCCUAUCGAGCAAGAGGGAACCUAUCCCCUGCCCGAGGCCCAGUUGGACCGGUUCAUGUUCAACAUCAAGGUCGAGUACCCGGCGCGGGAAGAAGAAGAGCAGAUUCUGGCGGCCACCACGCGAAACGAAAAGCCGGAAGUGAAGAAAGUGCUUUCGGCCAAGGCGAUUUUGAACCUGCAGAAGCUGGUCGGUUCGGUGGCCGUGAGCGAGUACAUCAUCAAGUACGUCACGUCGAUCGUUCGCGCCACACGGCCGCGGGACCCUUCGACGCCCGAGUUCAUGCGCGACCUGAUCGAAUGGGGCGCCGGUCCCCGUGCCGGACAGUAUUUGAUUCACGGCGGCAAGGCCAUCGCCGCCAUGGACGGCCGGUUUUCGGUCGCCAUCGAAGAUGUGAAGAAAAUCGCCGUCCCAGUGCUGCGUCACCGCAUUGCAACCAAUUUUCAAGCCCAAGCCGAAGGCGUCACCAACGAAGACGUCAUCGAGCGGCUGCUGAAGGAAAUCCCCGAGCCGGAGAUUCCAAAGUUCGGGUACGGCGAUUCGCGGAACGCCACAGAGGGCGUUCCCUGCAGAGAGAUGGCAGCCGUUGCGAUGUCGACUGCUGAAAAAUAUCUGAAGCCGGAGGUCAUCCGUCAGAUCGGGCGGCUCGAUCUUCGCGCGCAGUUCAUCGCCAAGGGGUUCAUGCAGGGCCUGCAUGCCAGCCCGUUCCAUGGCUUCUCGGUCGAGUUCAGCGAACACCGCAAGUACACCUCGGGCGACGACCCUCACGAUAUCGACUGGCAGGUCUACGCGCGGACCGACAAGUACUACAUCAAGAAGUUCGAGGCCGAGACGAACAUCACCGGUUACCUGGUAAUGGACCUGAGCCGAUCGAUGGCGUACACGUACGAGCAGCAGUUGUCGAAGUUCGACUAUGGUGUUUGCCUGGCUGCGGCGUUGUGUUACCUGAUGAUCCAUCAGCAAGACCCCGUGGGGUUGAUCACAUUCGACACGAAGAUUCGCGACUGCAUUCCUCCGCGUUCCCGCCGAUCGCAACUCGGGUCGCUGUUGGCGCUGUUGGCUAACUUGAAACCCACGGGCGAGACGGCCAUCGCCCACUGCAUGAAUCAACUGGCAGCCAUGCUGCAUCACCGCAGCCUGGUGAUGCUGUUCAGCGAUUUGCUGGAAGAGCCGGACGACGUGCUGAAAUCGCUGCAGCAGAUACGCUGUGCGGGCCACGACGUGAUUCUGUUUCAUAUUCUCGACGCGGCCGAGGUGCACUUUCCCUUCUCGGGCAUGGUCGAGUUCGAAGAGCCCGAAUCGAAAGAGACGCUGCGCAUCGACGCCGACAGCUUCAAGCGCGAUUACCUGGAAGAGCUGUUGGAGUUUCGCGAGAACUACCGCAAGAAGUGCUUCCAAAGCCGCAUCGACUACGUGCCGCUUGAUACGAGCAUGCAGUUCGACAAGGCCCUAACGGAGUAUCUGGUCAAUCGCGGCGCCGUUCUGGCGGGGGUUCCGAUCCUGCUGCACUUGAUCAUGCGGCAGAAGCCCCGGCAUUUGGAGUUCCCCGCGUUGCGGUUCAUCCGCCGACGGAAGGAAUCGAACCGACGCCGGAUGCGGUUGCGGCACCUGUUGCUCUUGCUGCUGCGAGUGGCAGCGAUUUGUCUCGUGGCGUUGGCUUUCGCGCGGCCUUCGAUCAAGUCGUCCGGCGGUAUCGCCAAUCAGGAAAUGCCGGUGGCCGCGGCGAUGGUGUUCGAAACCUCGCCCCGCAUGCAGUAUCGGCACGAGAAUCGAACGCGACUGGAACAAGCCCAACAGAUUGCCGAAGCCUUGUUGCCUCAGUUGCCGGCCGAAAGUGAAGUGGCGGUGUUCGAAUCCACUCCAGGUGCGGCUGUGUUUCAAGUCGACAUCGCGGCAGCUAAGCAGCGCAUCGAUCGUCUCGACAUCACCUGGCUGGGGCGUCCGCUGGAAAGUGCGAUCGUCGAAUGGAACGUGGGGAACUCAGAAGAGCUGACCCGCAUGCUCGAGCGGCUCAGCGAUGUGGGCAUCUACCUGGUCGACGUGUCGGUCGAGCAUCCGCAGAACUACGCCCUGGGCGAGUUGCGGCUGUCGAGCGAGACGCUUUCGAAGCGGAGCACGCUACGCAUUGAAAGUCGCGUCGAUCGCCAGGGCGAUGCUGGCAGGCGGAACGUCGAGCUGUUUAUCGGGCGACUCGGCAGCGAGCCCACGAAGCGGGGGCAACGGGAAGUCGAGGUCCCCGAAGAUGGCUCGCAACCGGUCGGCUUCCAGUUGGGUGGGCUCGACGAAGGUACGCACCAAGGGUUCGUCCGCAUGGUGGGGCAAGACGGCCUGGCCUUCGACGAUGUUCGCUACUUCACCGUUGACGUGCGGACGCCGUGGCGGGUGUUGAUUGCCGCCAAAGAGCCGGUUAAAGAGUCGGCCUUACUGCUCACGCAGGCGCUUGCGCCGGAGGGGUUCCAGAGUAUCGGCCAAUCGCGGUUCGUAACCGACGUGGUUUCCUGGGAUGCGUUGGCUUCGGCGCCGCUGGAGAACUACGCGGCGGUCUGCCUGCUCGAUCCCCCGCCGCUGCAAAACAACGUGUGGGCCGAGUUGGAAGCCUAUGCCAGCGGGGGUGGCGGUGUGGCAGUGAUUCUGGGGGCUGCAGCCCAUCCGGUCGAUCGCUUCAACUCGCCGGCGGCACUCUCGAUUCUGCCGGGCCCGCUGUUGCGACAAGGUCGUUGGCCCGAGGGCGAUUUGUACCUUUCACCGGGAAGUUAUCAACACCCGGUGCUGGCCAAGCUGCGGCCAAUGCAAGACUCGGUGCCCUGGGAGGCCUAUCCCGUCUAUCGCACGUGGCAAUUGGGCGACUUGCAAGAAGGUGCUUCGGAGGUGAUCGGCUUCAACAAGGGUGGCGCCGCGUUGUUCGAACGCCCCAUCGGUCGCGGACGCGUGAUGACGCUGGCCACUUCGCUGGUGUACGAGCCGGGGACCACCAACUGGAACGAACUGCUCGGGUUCGAGGCGUGGCCGUUCUUCGUGGUGACCAACGAAAUGAUGUUGUACCUGGUUGGCAGCACCGACAGUCAACUGAACUAUCUGCUGGGGCAGACGGCAUCGAUUCGCACCGGCGGGGACGAGCCGAUUUCGACCUUCGUGCUGACCAACCCCGAGGGCGAACGCUUCCGCCGGACGACCGACACACAAAGCCGCACGAUUGGGAUCACCGCCACCGAAUGGCCCGGGCAAUACCGCAUUCAGUCGGGAGGCACCCGCGAUGGCAUCGAUCAGGGCUUCAGCGUAAACAUCCCGCUGGAAGACAGCGACUUGCAGCGUAUCGAUCGUGAAGAACUGAAGACGAUUUUCGGCGAUCAUGAAUUUUUGACGGCCCGCAAUGAACAAGAGCUGGUGCGCGUGCAGGGUCAGGGUCGCGUGGGGCGGGAGUUGUUCGGCCUGUUGAUGGUGCUGGCGGCGCUGGUGUUGGGCGGUGAGCACUUUUUGGCCAACCGGCUUUUGCUGGUGAUCGUAAUCGCCGUCGCGCUGACGGCGGUGGUGAUCAUGCUGCGCCCUUCGCUCACCAGCACCACGCAGUUCCGCCGCCGGGUGUUGUUCGGGCUGCGGAUGACGGCCGUCGCCCUGGUGUUGCUGGCGAUGUUACGUCCGACGCUGGUGCAUACGUCGACCAAAAAGCAGUCGGCCACGUUGGUGGUGCUGUGCGACCAGUCGCGAAGCAUGUCGGUUUCCGACGCGGUGAAUAACCAAACCCGCUGGGAAGCACUCCGCGAGAUGCUCGAGCAAGCCAAGCCGACGCUCGAUGAGAUGAGCGAAGACCUGGAGAUCCAGAUCUAUACGUUCGACGACGCGCCGUAUGCCGUGGAGUGGAGUGCCGACGCGUUGGAACUGCCCGAGUCUCCCGAGGGGAAGCAAACGGCCAUCGGUUCGGUCGUGCAAGACGUGCUGCGGUUGGAAGAAGGUAAACGCCUGGCCGGCGUGAUCUUGCUCUCCGACGGAGCCCAACGAGCGUAUGCCCCACGCGAUGUGCCGGCGCAGUUGGUGGCCCGACAGCUUUUCGAUCGCGGAUACCCAUUGCAUACCGUCACCUUCGGGCAAGCCCGCGGGCUGGGUCAGGUGCGCGACGUUGCGUUGCGUGAGUUGCUGGUGAAUCAAACGGUGUUCGUGAAGAACCAGUUGGCCGUGGUGGGCAACGCCACCCUGGAGGGCUUCGCGGAGCAAGAAGUGCCGGUCGAACUGCUGUUCGAGACGGGCAAUGGAGAGAUGCGGCAGGUGGGCCGCACGACGUUGCGCCCUCGCGAGUCGGGCGAGCAGUUACGAAUCGAGCUCACACACGAACCACAACUCCCCGGCGAGUACAAAGUCACGCUCCGCUCGGUUCCGCAGCCGGGAGAACUGAUUGUGACGAACAACGAACUCAGCACGUUCGUCACGGUCCUCUCCGGUGGGUUGAAUGUGUUGUACCUCGAGGGUGCAUUGCGGCCCGAGCAGAAGUUCAUCCGGCAGUCUCUCGAUGCCUCGCCCGAUAUUCGCGUGGAUUAUUUGCGGAUCGAUGCCGAGGAGCCUUCGUCCCGCCCGACCGAUUUGGCCGAACGCUUCACGCCGGGAAAGUACGACGUGUACUUGAUCGGCGACCUGGAUGCUCAGGCGUUGACCACCGAAGAGCUGGAACAGCUGCGCGAAACCGUGGGACAAGGGGCGGGGCUGAUGAUGCUCGGCGGCAUCCAUAGUUUUGGAGCCGGGCAAUACGCGCGAACUCCUCUGGCCGACGUGCUGCCGAUUCGAAUGGACCCGUUGGAACGGCAACCGUUCGAUGAGCCGAUUCGGGCCGAUUUGCAUUUGCCCACCGAGCCGAAGGUGCUGCCCACGACGAUGGGUGAACGGCACUUCGUGAUGCUGCUCGACACGCCAUCGAAAAAUGAAAGUGUAUGGCGGGCGCUGCCGGCCCUCGACGGAGCGAACCGCUUCGUUGCCCUACAACCGCGAGCGUUGGUGCUGGCCGAAAGUGAAAACGGUGCACCGCUAUUGGUGGCCGGCGACUACGGUAAGGGCCGCACGAUGGCGUUCGCCGGCGACUCGACCUGGCAAUGGCGCAUGCAUGGCUUCGAUGCCGCACAUCGGCGGUUCUGGCGACAGGCCAUUCUUUGGUUGGCCCAUCAGGAAGACAAACAGGAAGGCAACGUAUGGGUGAAGCUGCCCCGCCGCCGUUUCGCACCCGGCGAAAGAGUCGAAGUCACGGUGGGGGCACAAACUUCCGAAGGCACGCCGAACACCGAUGCGACAUUCGAUGUGCAGAUAACCGCCCCGGACGAAGAACAAUUCAACUUGCCCGUUUAUGCCGAGAACGAAGCGAAACAGGGUUCGUUCGCCGAAGGGCGAGCGCCGGGCGAUUACAUGGUUUCGGUCACGGCCACGUCGGCAGCGGGUGAAUCCCUAGGCGAGGCUCAAGCGCGGUUCCUGGUGUGGGAUAAAGAUCUCGAACUCGAUAACCCAGCGGCCGACGCCGGCAUGAUGACUAAUCUGGCAGCAACUGCCGGCGGAGAAAGCGUUUCGCUCGAGGAGUUCACUAGCCUGCUGGAACGCAUCCGCAAUCAGCCGCUGAACCUGGACGUGGAAGUGCUCACCAAGGUCGAUCUAUGGGACGGCUGGCCGCUGUUCUUCCUGAUGACCGGCUGCUUGAUGACCGAGUGGUACCUGCGAAAGCGCUGGGGCUUGGUGUAG